CUCAACGGGCCACCCGGAAAUGUGUCGCCCUGCUCUCUGUUGGAAUGAGUAUGUCCGAGUCCUUUCCCUAACACAUUCCACUGUGAUGUUGCCAGCUUUCCUGAGUGAGCAACAGGAAGUCCUCCUCCACCUGGGUCAGGCCCUGGAUUUGUGAUGGCUUGAGAAGAAACCGAGAAAGCUCCGCUUUGGUUUGUGAUCGAUCCAGAUUCAGAGAUGUCGGAGACGUGUGCUGGAAUUCUGGCACUGGAGCCAUUCCGCGUCGUGCAGUCUCCACCAGCUGCCUAUUACAUUCCAGAUUUCAUCACCGAGGCCGAGGAGGCAUAUCUUUUGCAACAGGUUUAUGGUGCCCCCAAGCCAAAAUGGACUCAGCUGUCUGGGAGGAGGCUGCAAAACUGGGGAGGACUGCCUCACGCGAAAGGGAUGGUUCUGGAGAAAUUGCCCUCCUGGCUUCAGGCCUACGCUGACAAAGUGUCCUCCCUCGGCGUCUUUGAAGGGAAGCUGGCGAAUCAUGUCCUGGUGAACGAAUACCGGCCUGGAGAGGGCAUCAUGCCUCACGAGGACGGCUGCCUGUACUUCCCCACUGUCACUACCAUCAACUUGGGGUCUCACACCCUCCUUGACUUCUACCAUCCCGUCAGCAGAGGGCAGCAAACGGAAGACGAAGAGGAGUCCACCCCACGGACGGAGGAGCAGCGUCACUUCCAGUCCCUGCUGUUGAAGCCCCGCAGCCUCCUCGUCUUGCGGGAAGACAUGUAUGUCCGCUACCUUCACGGCAUCCGCCCCGCCCCAGAGGACGCCGUUACAGAGAAAGUGGCUAACGCAGCCCUGUGUGGCUCUGCGCUCGGGGAGACGUUGCAGCGCGGGACCCGAGUUUCGCUCACUAUCCGCCACGUCCCCAAAGUGCUGAAAACCACCAUUGUUCUUGGAAGACGGAAGUGACGGGUUUUACUUUGUGGUGGGGGCGGGCGAUGUGACGGAACACCCUUCCAGAUUAAAAAAUGAGCAAAUCCUUGCAUGUAGAACACUAGCAUAUCAGGAAGAAGGGUGUUAGCUUUGGCUUCUCUCUGACGUGGGGGAUCAUGGUUUCGUUUUGCAUUUGGAAGAGGAAUCUGAAACGGUACAGCCCAGGUUCUACUGUUUUGCUGUUGUGAAAAGGACGCCUAAGAGAGGGACUGUGAUGGCAUGGUUUGGGGGAGAGCAACCGCUGUGAACUGCAAAUCUGCACAAAAUAUUUAAGAUGGGAGAGACGAGAAUAGUAAGCCCGGGAGACUAGGAAGAGCAGGCCUCUCUGGUGCGUCACAUCUUCUGUCACCCUCAGCAUACGGCAUGGCCUGACAGAAGGAAAAUGCGCUGGUGGUUGGAAAUCACAGAUUGUGUUCCCAGCAAAGCUAGAAAGCCAGGGCACCCGGCUCCCCUUCUCAGCAACGAGCUGUUUUCUGCAUUUGAUGCGAGAGCGGCGGACGUCUUUUGUAACACUGGAAAGCCCGGCGGCCUGGUUUGGACUUAGCUGCCUAUUCAGCAGAGAGGAAGAACGUGGGCCCUCCAAGUGCGGCUGGAUGGCAUUUCCCCCUCAGCUCCAGCCAGCUUGCCCGUGGUGAUGCAUGAUGGGAGCAACAGCCCUAGCAACAUCUGGCCAAGACGUUCGUCAUCCCUGCUCGACGG